GAAAUGGUGUCGGCUUAAUAUUGCACUCGAUCGGCUCGAAAGUGGAUAUCGUAGCCUUGAAGUAUUUAUAUAUAUAUGUAUAUAUAUGCUUUUGCAAUGCUGGAAAUGGCAGUGAGUGAGCGAGGGAAGGGCUAGUUAGCCACUUGUUAGAUUGGGUCACUGCGAACGAAAUAAUCACCGGAUGGUUUAUUUGUAUUCAUUCCAUGUCUUAUCAUUCUUGUCAGGACAUGAGUGAGGAAACCAGCUUCUUCUUGGCCCAGUGGCUCCAGGCAGCUGCUGCUUAUUCUCGUUAUGUCUAUGAGUAACGGCCCAGACGAUCAGUCCAUGAACCCCCAGCUACCACAAUAGUAACCGUCCAGCGUCCUCCUUCAUCCGUCUCAUAUCCAUUUAAAGAUACCACCAACAUAGGAUCAGACGGAGGUGGUAGAAGCAUGGCAAUAAAUCGAAAUGAAAUACUGCGUAGCAGCUGGAUAUUGGUGAAAGGGGCAAUCCGAUUUGCUUUUAUGGUCAUCAACAAUAUGGUUGCCAUUCCAUCCUAUGUUUUGUAUUUCAUAGCCCUUCAGCCAUUGAAAUUACUGGACCAUAAACUGUUCUGGCAUGUGGAAGGAUUAAUGUUCAAAUGGCUGCUGGCUAUGGUGUCAUCCUGGGGUUGGACAGCAGGUUACACAGUGGUUGAAUGGGGAGAUGAUGUAAAAGCUAUCACUGAAGAUGAAACAGUGGUCUUGGUGAAUCAUCAGGCUACAGGUGAUGUCUGCACCCUCAUGAUGUGCCUGCAAGACAAAGGAACGGUAGUUUGCCACAUGAUGUGGCUAAUGGAAUAUAUUUUUAAGUUUACGAACUUCGGUAUUGUUUCUCUCAUCCAUGGGGACUUCUUCAUUAAGCAGGGUAAAGUUCACCGCGACAAGCAGCUGGUUCUACUGCGACGGCACUUAGAAAAAUACUACAGGAGCCGGGGUCGGAAAUGGAUUGUAUUAUUUCCUGAAGGAGGGUUCCUGAGAAAACGGCGAGAAACUAGCCAGCUAUUUGCAAAGAAAAAUAACUUGCCGUUUCUAAAACAUGUCACACUGCCCCGACAGGGGGCUACUGAAGUGAUCUUGCAAACCCUGUGUAUGCAGCAUGAAAAUGGAGCGAUCGGGGAUGCUAAUGGAGCAGUGGCCAAACACAAAGGUCUUCAGUGGGUUAUAGAUAUUACCAUCGCGUAUCAGAAAGCUAAGCCACUAGACAUUCAGACUUGGAUCAUUGGUUACAGAGAUCCAACAGUCACAAAUGUUCACUACAGGAUCUAUCCUAUUAAAGAUGUCCCUGUAGAGAGCGUGGCACUAACUAGAUGGCUCUACCAACGAUUUGUAGAAAAAGAGGAACUGCUGGCCCACUUUUAUGAAACAGGAGCAUUCCCACCUACCAAAGGUCAAACUACAGCAACUUCCAGACCGAUGAUUCUUGACUCAGUCUGGCUCUUCGUGGUGCAAAUAAUUGGAUUUAUUUCUGGCUACAUGUGGUAUAAUGCUCUGCACUACUUGUAUCACUGCCUGGGGCUCUAGGAAUUUUGAGAACGAACAUUGAAUUAGGAUAUGAACUCCAGUGUUUGUGUCGGUAUCCAUCGGUGAAUACAAAUGUUUCUUGAACGAUGAUAUAAGGAGAAGAAUGGAUUCAUUGCCUGUCAUUUUCAUUGAGAUCUUUAGACUCAAAUCUAAACUAUUAGUUCAGAUCAUCAAGUCUACGACCUGCUGUUAAGGUUUCUGACAUGUUUACGUGGUCGUUAAGCAUCCACACUGUUUAAUUAUGCUGCUUAUCUACAGAUGGCCUCCUCAGGAGGAGAAAUGCUGGAGAAUACGUCAGAUUAUUGCAGUAAACGCACUCCAUUCGCCAUUGCUUCGGGUGGCAAGAUUGCCCAGAGAUGAAUCUCCAUUGAAGAAGCCCACAUCUACCUUUUCCUGGUUAAAAUUAUAUCGAAAAGCACUGGGGGAAAAAACUUGUCAGAGCUGCCACAAUUUUAUGUGUCGUUCGUGGGGAACAUUGUUUGUUUCUCUUAGCAUUUAAUCAAUACAUUUUGUUUUGUGAUUCAUUAAAAGGCCGUGUUUAAAGCAUGGUCUAGAGCAUCUAAAAUUCUAGUGAUUGCAGGUCAUUAAUUGUUGAUGACAUUUAUAUAGUUACUGGUAAAAUAGUUAUGAAAGCAGAAAUAUCAUGUUUCAUUCUAGUUCUAGUAUGUACAAUGCAGUACUUCUGAGUAUAGUUUAAUUUAAUUGACCAAAUGCAACAAUGCAGCCAAUCAUGUAGUAUUUUGCACUCCGUAAGAAGUUGCUGAUUGUAGUUAGUAAAGAACGAUUACAACAGUGAUGUUAUGUAAUAGCCAGGCUGUCACAUAGCACUGAAUGUAUGUUAUGAAGGACUUGACAUAAUGGACUAGAAACUACAAACAAAGUAAGUUUACAAGUUAGUUGAAAGUACAGGUCAUCCGAAUUAACUUUUACUCUGCUCCUUUAUUAAACUCGGAGAUUCUGGCUGCAUCUUUCAUGGUAUACAUUCUACUGUUUGUUCAAAUUGUGUGGGUGUAACUGAUGGAUUGUCCGAUAUCAUGCAAAUCAUUUUUAAUCUCGGUCCAUUAAUCUGAGCCUGAAGAGGUUAUCAGCAGGAAUAUUCGUAGGUUCUAAUUUGCUGUUUGGAAGUUAUGACUUGAUUUCCAAGAGAUGAGAUUAAAACAUAGUGUUCCGAUGUAUCCAGUUUGCUAUCAAAAUUUAAAUUAGUGGGCUUUUGACCAAGAAGUUCAGACAAGCAUUUUAUUGCCUCAGUGGAUUCUGCCACCAGUGAUGUGUUCCAUUGUACCAAAGGCAAUUCCGGUCAGAAAAAUAGCUUACCUUGGGAAAAGGGAAAUGUAUUACAAUGUGCUUGUAUGUUUGCGGUCUGAAGGUAGACACACUGGUUUAGUUAGGAUUUUUUGAGUAUGAUAGCGUGCGUGUUAGAUUAACAUAUUCCAUAUUUAAAAAUGUAAUUAUCUCAGAUAUCAUACUGGCAAAGGAAUUGAUAAUUGGCAUUUUUUUAAUGAAUUCCCAUUGGAAAUUAGGAAACACAAACGCUUAAGGCGCCCCCUCCUGCCUAGGUUUUUAUUGUAAGGAGCCUGGGAGCUAUCAAUGCUCGUACAUUUCUGGGAACAUAUAUAGUGGACUGUUGUACUGUGGCUUGUUCCUAUUGCUAUCCAUGCUGGGUGUGUCACUAGGUCAGCAUGAGACAGUGCAGGCUGAAAGGCUGUGGGGCAGUUGGUGGUUCUCUUCACUUUUCAUUGACGAAAUUAGAAACCAUAGAGGCAACAUUCAUCAAAUGAAAGAAAUGCCCUGUUUCAAGCCAGCAGAUGUCAAGAACUGUUUGGUAACUGGUUGGCAUAUGAAUUGUAAAUCAGUAUGGAUUAUGAAGCAAAAUAUGUAACUCGGAAUUUUGAACUGCUUUACUUUGGAACCAAAAAUUGAACAGGAUGGGAAUCAGAAUUAGCUAAUUAAGCAUGGUGUAGAAUAGUUUUUAAACAAAAGAGAAAUUAUAGAAUACGCACAGCAGGUGGUGAUCUGUUGAACUUUUUUAUUGAAAUGUAUAAAGUGACAAAAUGACGUAAUCAUUUCUCCCUGAUACCCUCCUUAAACUCUAUAAGGAGACUAUUUUAACUUUAGUUCAAACAUGACAUAAACUAGUUGGCUCUAGGUUACAUUUAAACACGGAAAACAACAUUGAACUGAAAUGUGGGUCGCAGUGUAAGGGCCGCACUUUAGUUCUUUUCUUCAGUUUCAGUGUUAAUUGUUGUUCCUUGAACUAUUCUGAAUUUUUUUUCCUUUCAAUCAGAUGCACAUUUUCAAUUGUAAAGGUGCAUAGGAGUCGACAGAUAAUGGAAAUAAAAUGUUGCUGAGA